CAUGGCAGAGUUCACCACAGAUGAGUUGAUUGAUUGUAUUCGCCAUAAUAUUGCUCUAUUGAAUGAUAGUGGAUUUGAUAGUAGAGUGUUACUUUCUCCAAGGAGGCACGCUGUACCAGGUGGUCUUCCUUUAGAAAUGUGCAAAGGAGAAGACGAGGCAGGCCCUUCAUCUCUACAUUACGAACUUCAAAAACAAUUUAAGCAACAAAAAUAUUCUUCAACAAAAAAUGAUUCUCAGCAAAUGUAUCAACAAAUUCGCAAAAAUUUACUGGCACAACUGAAUGGAAUUGAACGCAGUGGACGAUUAUUUAAUAAAACUGCACUUCCUUUCAAUCAAAGGCCUACAGAAUGUACAUUAAAGUUUGAGCCAAAAAAUCCUGAAGAACUCCUUGACGGGCAAAAACCCCUUUCACUUACUAGCAGACUUAUUUCUCAAGCAAAAUUCUCUGAAGGAGCUGUUGAUAAUCCGACUUGUUCUCUCUCAUUCGCUGAAUUUGCUAAGUUUGAGGCUAUGGAAGGCAUUUUCAGCUCUAAGAAAUUCAACAUUCUUUUUCCGGCUGUAUACUUUGGGGAGAAAGGUCAUGUAUUGACAAUUUACAUUUUGAACACUGCUACUAUUGAUGAUCUGAUUGGGCUUGCUUGCCAUGUUUAUUCCCGGAAGUCGCUCAAUCCUCCUUGGUAUUUUUUUAUAAAAAUUAAGUUUUUUAUUUGUUAUAGGUUUUAA